AUGAGCUUCCACGACAACACAGAGCCACGCCAGCAGCGUCCACCUAUCUACCGACCCAAGGACCCUCCACCCGACGUAGCCCUUGAUCGGAGCCGCAUCUACAUUGGUAACCUACCUCAUACCGUGACUGAGGACGAUGUGCGAGAACUGGUUGAGCCCUAUGGGGCUGUGCGUGACGUCUUUGUGAACAGCCAGAAGGGCUUUGCCUUUGUAAAGAUGGACAGCCCACAGAGUGCAGAGGCUGUGGUGACUAACCUGGACAUGAACCUGAGGCGUGGACGACGACUUCGCGUGACACCAGCGUCUAAUGCGAAGGGCAAGUUGGCUAAAGCGUUGGGUCAUGGCGGUGGUGCUGUGCGACCUCGGGAUGAGAAGCCGGGUGGUCGCUGCCGACUGUUUGUGGGCAACCUGCCAGCAAGUACAGGGGAGGAGGAGCUGCGCCGCCUCUUUUCGGAACAUGGAGAAGUGCAAGAGACAUUCCUGAACUCUGAAAAGGGCUUUGGUUUUGUCAAAAUGGCUUCCUACGAAGCAGCUGAAGCCGCUAAGGCAGCCCUCGACGAUGCACUUGUUGAUGGACGACGCAUUCAGGUGCGAUUUGCCACCCAGGGUACAUGUCUUAGUGUGCGCAAUCUUGGACCGUGGGUCUCAAAUGAACUACUGGAAAGUGCUUUUUCUCUUUUUGGUGAAGUUGAGAGGGCUGUGGUUAUCGUAGAUGACAGGGGGCGUUCGGUGGGUGAGGGCAUUGUGGAGUUUGCACGCAAGCCUGCUGCCCAAGCUGCUUUGAAGCGAUGUCUCGAGGGCUGCUUCUUACUAACCAGUGAACCGAGACCUGUUUAUGCUGAGCCACUGGAGUACAGAGACUGGGUUUUAGGUCUUCCUGAACGGACAGUGUCACGGCGAGGGCGGGGUUAUGCACGGGAACGAGAAUUGGGGCCACGUUUUGCACGACCCGGCACACAAGAGCAUAGGGUGGCAGAACGCUGGAAACGUUUUCUAGACUUUGAGAAGGACAAGCGGGAAGAAUUGGAAAAGGUACUGAAUGAAGAGCGUCGGAAAUUGGAAGAAGAGGUGGAACGCUUCCGUAGAGAACAGGUGCUGGAACGUCCCUUCCCACCUUGGCAGGAUGGACCUCACGAUCAGUACGCCAGCUAUUUGGGCUACGACACAGGCUAUCUUGGGUAUCCACCACAGUAUGGUGCAGGCUGGAACCAUCGCAGUCCUUACUGA